AGGUUUUGCCCAUCUGUGUUUCUCUAUUUAGGAAGUGUAGUACCAGCGAUAUGGCUCCUGGAAUUGGAUAAGGUGGAUCGAAGGUUGAAAGUGCUCGAGGGAUUACCUAUGAAUCUUACCACGGGAGGACAACUUAAGGACCUGAACACAUUCAUAGGAAUCGGGGUCGAAAUAAAACUUCCGGAAAUUUCAUUAAGCACAGAAACAUGGAUAACUCUUAUCGAACAAUUCCUCAUGCUUAUUCUUAUAAUAGGCAGGUGGAUGUUGCCAAAAGGUGAUCUCACCAGGGAUCAACUCAGCCAGCUUUUGCUCGUCUAUAUCGGUACCGCUGCGGACAUUCUUGAAUUUUUUGAUUCUUUCAAAGAUGACAAGAUCGCAUCUGAGCCAGUAUUGGUACUGUUGACGUUAGCAAUUUGGUCUUGGAGCUUAAUGCAGUUUACUGUAGUAUUAACUGCCACCAAAGCUAGAAAGUCAAGACUCGCAACAACUACAUCAACAAUUGAGAAGUCAGAUAAUUGUUGCAGUAUCGACGUUUGCAGUAUUAUUCUUAACAUAACUCUCCAAGAUGCACCGUAUUUAGUGUUUAGGCUGCUUCUAAUUUGUCACUACAAGAUCAUUACGUAUAUGAAUAUUUUCUUUACUUGUAAAAAUACGUUAGUAAUACUUCUUCAGAUUUACAGACUUUACGUCGUUUAUACAGAAAACAACAAAGACACGUCCGAUGACGUCGAAAGAGCUUCCACCAUUUCCAUAAUCUCCAAUCUGCCAAAAAGUGCUCUUACAUUUGAACCAAGACGAAGACGAAGACCGAGAUCUCAGCCUGGAAGUCCGAGGAGUACAGUAACGAAUAAAAGUGUACGAAGCACCAGCAGCAGAAAAAGUAGGGACACAGAAGAUUCUAGUGAUAGUGAUGCGAGCAGACUUGAAAACAGUCGAGGGGGAAGGAAGUCUAAUACACGCAAAGACACAGGUUAUUCUACAGCCAGUUCGACAGUUAGCGCCAAAAAUCACCACCAGCCUCAGCAGAAAUCUUUCGACAAUAUGGAUGCAGAAACACGAAGGAUGCUAAAGCAAAAACUGAAACGUUCAGACAAAGAGACACGCGGCAGAAGAAAACUCGAAGACGUGUUUUCAGAAGAAAGUGACGGCACUUACCUGGAAGAAGAACGACCUCGGGAGAGAAAUUACCAUCAAAGAAACAGACAUAAAGACAGAAAUUAUGAUAAAAAUUCAACGGUGACUAUAAGCGAUCAGUCCUCAGACUGA